AUGCUUGUCCGCACGUCAAUGCCACUCCUCGCCUUGAUGGUAACAUCUUGCUCUGCUCAAGGCGAACGAUCCCUCGACAAUCAGAUCGCGAACCUGGUAUUGACCGAGCAAGGCGCAGACCGGAAUGUUGAAUGUGGUCAGUACGACGGCAAUCCCAGUCCGGAGACCAUUGCAGUCAGCAUUUUCGACAAUUAUACCGAGACUUGUCACGACCUGGCCACACUCUUCUCCCAAGAUCAAUACGACAACGACACCAUCACGGAAUCUCAGGGCAGGCUCAGCUCUUGCGAUCCAUACUUCUUGAACUGCACAAACGACGUCCGAGCGGACGGCCUCAAUGUCUACUCCUCCACGACCAACUACUCCCAAAUUCAAGUCGACAUCUAUGGCUACGCCACCAGCUAUCCCGGCAUGUUCACGCUGCAGGUCUUUCCAGAAGAGAGGUGUUUAGAGAGCGCAGUGGAGCCGUGGUUCUCGUGGGGCGGUUGCGAUCAGAGCGAGACCACAUCCGAUUGUAGCGAGUUGCAGAACGGUGUGCGGAGUUUCCGACUCGCGCAAACAGCGCCAGAGGACAACGGGAAGUGCCUGCUCAAAGCAGAGCGCGGCCCGGGCGUGCAGUUGAGGGGCACAUCGGUUGGGGUCGUGAUGGGAGGAUUCAUUGUUGCGGGUGUAUUGGCCGUGAUGUGA